AUGUUGACUGGAAAAGUGACAGAGAACAAUCAGAAAGUAUGGAAUUCCGUGUUGGCUGAAUGCAAGCCUUUAAUGGUUUCACUUGGAAACCUCGAAGAGCAGUUGAGGGCGUUUCAAAAGAUCCAAAACGCCAACACCGCUCUUCACAACUUUCCUGAUCUGCACCAGCAUCUUCACUUCAAGCUCCUACAGGCAGCGGACAUCGUUUUGGGUGCCCCGCUUAUUUCUUACAGGUGUUCUCUCCAGUCUGUGCGAGAUGCUAUCAGUAAUCAGGUGUCUGGUGCGUUCCAGUUGUAUGAGCAGAAUAUAGACACUGGGGAUCUAUUCUCUUACAACUACUCAGUCUGCCCUGCAUGGUUUUUCAGUGGGCCCGUAUAUACGAACAUCAUAUUUACCAUUCAAGUGUUUGCAUUAAUUAAAACACUAGUAUAUCUUAAAAGACGUGUGUUCACCUCUUUUGUUCCUUAUACCAGAUUCGAAUUGACGCAACUUGACAACACCCUUGCUACCUGCACCCAGAGAUUUGCAGUCGCUCCAUCCAUCGCUGACAUGUUGGAGUGGCUUCAGGAUGCGGAGCGUUACUAUCCUCAACAGUAUCCUUUCUGUGUCACUGUUUCUGAGAAGAAAGAAUGUGCUGACACACUGAGGGCUGAUGACCUCUCCCUUCUGGAAACUGCUCCCAAGAGAUGGGAGUCCCUGAAAACAAUGAGUGAAGAAGAGAGCAUAUCAAGUAAACCUAUCUAUGGUGCUCUAUUUUCCAUAUAUACAGUUCCUUCAGAAAGU